ACUCGCCUCCUCGCCUCUCCCCGCGCCAGGCAUGGCCCCCAGCACCGUGGCCGUGGAGCUGCUCAGCCCCAAAGAGAAAAACCGACUGCGGAAGCCGGUGGUGGAGAAGAUGCGCCGCGACCGCAUCAACAGCAGCAUCGAGCAGCUGAAGCUGCUGCUAGAACAGGAGUUCGCGCGCCACCAGCCCAACUCCAAGCUGGAGAAGGCCGACAUCCUGGAGAUGGCCGUCAGCUACCUGAAACACAGCAAAGGUGAGCAGCCCCGCGCCCUGGAGCCCCGGCCCGCGCGACCCCCGCCCCGCCCCGCUCCCCGCCGCCCCGCGCCCCGGGCUCCCCGGCCCCGCUCACCGCCGCCCCGACUCCCCGCAGCCUUCGCCGCCGCCGCCGCCGCCGGCCCCAAGAGCCUGCACCAGGACUACAGCGAGGGCUACUCGUGGUGCCUGCAGGAGGCCGUGCAGUUCCUGACGCUGCACGCGGCCAGCGACACGCAGAUGAAGCUGCUCUACCACUUCCAGCGCCCGCCGGCCGCGCCGGCCGCGCCCGCCAAGGAGCCCAAGGCGCCUGGCUCCGCGCCCGCGCCCGCCCCGGCCAAGGCCGCCGCCGCCGCUUCUGCGCGCCAGCCCGCCUGUGGCCUCUGGCGGCCGUGGUGACCCGCGGGCGGCAGCCCUGCCCGGAGGACCAGAGGGCCAGCGCGUUCCUCUGGCAGAGGGAAGGGCCUCCCCAUCGUCCGUGCCGCCCCUGGCUUGGACUGGCCCCUUCUCCGGAAGGCUCUCUCUCCAGGCUGGCGGGCCAGCAGGAGGGUCAUUCUCAGAGAAUGUGCGUGCAGUGUCCUUGUCAUUUAGGGCCCAUCUUCUGCCAAAUGUCUGACCCCAUGGGGUUGCUCUGUGUUUGCAUUUCAGCAAGUGACUUCUGGGAAGUCCCCACUGCCGGGGUUCUAUAAUAUUUGUAGGCGGCGGGGCUCGGCCAGCCGGCGCCCCAUGCGUAGAGGGCUUUCUUCAGAUCCGGUGCUGCCAGGCCAGUGGGCCUGGCGCAGGCCGUGCCGUGGGCACAUUUGCCUUUUGUGAAGGCGGAACUCAAGGUGUAUCCUCGUAGGAACGACAGUGUCAGCCUGGAUGGGCGCGGAAGGACAGGGCAGAGCCGUGGGCGCAAAGCCCCUGGGGAUGCUUUGCUGUCUGGUCGGGGCUCACACCGGGGCUGUGUGGGGCGGCUGGGGGUCUCCACCACGAUCCUUAAAGGAUUCCCGUGUGGGUGGGUGCACGUGGGCACAACU